AUAGCUUAAGUGGCGGCAUCUUUAUGGUAAUGAAACUGGGGUUAUGCCAGCCUUAGAAAAAAAAGUACUCUGAAGUAGAACACAUCAAAGAGAUUAAAGAUGCAUGAUGUAGCCCAUCUACACGUAAAGAAAUGUUAUACUGAAGAAUUGGUAGUUAUCCGUUUGAACUAUGAAUGAACUAAAAUUGAAAGAAAGCCGCCGUCGUCGGUGCACCCAAGCCCAAUGAGAGAAGACGAGCUGCCAAGAUAAAAAUAACAGAAAGUAAUAAGAGCUGUGCAAAAUUGGUAAUUGCCAAAGCUUUAAUGGAUUUCUAGCGAGUAUUUUGACUUUUGACUCGUGAAUUUGCGAAAAUAAACAAGUGAUGCAGAUGUCCCAAUCGAACAUUGUCCUAGUGCUCAGAGGUGUGCGACUGCGAGUCCCUUAAGUGAAAGGGAAUAUGGAGACCAUAACAAAGCUUACCUUGUUUGUUAAGCCUAUUGUGUUGAUGUGACUGUAUAAUUACAGUGUGUUAUCAAAAAAAGGAGAGGGAUUUUACUCCCUCAGUGAAUUAACCCUAUUUGGUUACGGCCAAGUCACCUAAGUCUGGGAUAAGUUAAGGAUUAGCGUAUUAACCUGAUAACUUCCUAUAUCCAAGGUGCUCUGUAAAGUGGCAGAAAAGCUCCAACAAUGGAGGGUGGCUUGCUUUCGCUCAGGUGGAAUGACCACAGCCACACAUUUUUUGACAUGCUUUCAACUAUUCGUAGAAAGGAAUCAUAUUGUGAUGUGACACUCGUUAGUGACGGACGGUUUUACCCAGUGCAUAAGCUUGUGUUGUCGACAUGUAGUGAUUUUUUUGACAACUUAUUUAGUAGAACUGACUGUAAACAUCCAGUAGUGAUUGUUGCUAAUGUCUCUCAUAAAGACCUUGAAGCUUUAUUAAAUUAUAUGUACUUAGGUGAAGUAAAUGUUCUGCAGACAGAACUUGGAAAUCUCAUGAAGGCUGCAGAGGUGUUAAAAAUAAAAGGUCUGGCCGAACCAACAAAAAGCACAACAAAAGAUAAAGACAGACACCACAAAUCCUUUUCAGAGUCAUUUGAUUCAAGUACAAAACGUAAGAGGGUUGAGGACAGUAGUGGCCCUUCAAGUAAGCGAUCUCAGUGUACAGGAAAGCCAGAUUCUACUGAAUCUGCACGGUCUAGAGUUUCUAGUGAUUUACAGACAUUGUCAAAAGAUAGUGAUCAUGGUGCCAUAUUACCUAUACCCAGUAGCUCUAAUACUGACCCAAAAGAGUGCUUGACCCGAACAGUUUAUGAUCAAAAAGGUAGCAGAGAGGAUGACUCAAGUGAAAAGGCAAUAAGACCUGAGGUUAAAGUGGAAGAGAUUAUGGUGAAGGAUGAGCCAGGGAGCUGGUUUAAUGAAAAUGAUGAAAGUGGGACAAAUGUAUCUUACAGUGAGACAGAUUCUAAUAUUGAGUACAGUAAUCAAACUGUCGAUUAUUCAAACUCUUGUGUGCCUUGGGAAUUGCCCACAGCUGCCCAGCCUCAUCUCAUGGAAAGCCACUUGCCUCAAGGCAUGCCGGGAGCUUCAGGAAUGCAGGCGAUGCUACAGUUCAUCCCAAGAACUUCAUUUCAACAGCUGGAGCGUCACCGUAUAUAUGAUGCUACUAAACGCACAAGGAAAUUUGUAGAAGGAUGGAAAGAUGAAUUCCCCUGGGUCAUUUACCAUGAAGAACAAAAAGUGAUGACCUGUACUACGUGCAGAAAGUAUUGCCGAGAAGAUGAUAAAAGUCAUUUUAUAUCUGGAAAUGCAAAUUUCAAAAAGUUAGCUCUUAUAAGACACAACAAAAGUCUGCUGCACAGACGUUGCGAGGCCAAAAAGGCAGCCAGGAUGGCAGCAUUGCAGUUACCCAACAGUGCAGACAAUGUUGCAAGACUUCAGCUAGAGCUCAGGGAGUCUCAUGAAUGAAGUAAAGGAAAUUUUUAUAGCAUAAUUUUACAAACCAUAGUUUUAGGAAGCUGUUGUUGCCCAUUUUACAUGAGAAUAAAGUUGGAAACAAAUGGGUUAUAAUUCAUUAGUUAACUGGAUAUUUUUAGCUGCCAACAGUGGAUACAAACAAAGACAGUGAAUAACCCCACAGAUAGAAAUAUCUGUAUGCCAGUGUUGUAUAGUAUUUAUACUAACUUAUUUUGAAAAUUUAAUAAAUUAUCUUGUUAAUCACAAAUUAUGGUUUUAUGCUGAAUGUGGUACAGCAGGCAAGUAUUAAUUAAUCUUCAGCUGAUGUUGAUCAGGUGUUUUUCACUCAUCACAAGAUGACAGUAACUGUUACAAAGUAUACAAGGAAAUUAAUAAUCUGUUAUGAAACAUUAUCUAUCUGAAUGUUUUUGGAAGAUACUGUUCUAAGUAACAUAAUAUUACGAGGGACAAAGUGAUCCACAGCAUUAGACAUUGAGAUAACAAGGCUUUAGAGUUUGAUAGUGAUAUGGUACUUGGAACUGAAGUAAGGAUGACAGAUGCAUUUCUCAUGUCAGCAAAAGAAAUUGGGAUUUUUUGUUUACUUCUGGGUGAGUUAUCAAAAGUGGAGGUUAAUACUGACUAGUACAUUUUAGUAUCAGCUUCCUUACAUUUCAAAGUAGUUUCUUCCUCAAAGAUGCUUACUGAAAAUGUGAAGCUUCUUAAUUAGUAUUGCCUGGUGGUUCUUGCUUCUCAAAGCUAAAGUAUGUUAUUUUAAAGAACCUAUUGAAGUACCAUAGUCUGCAUUGAGUAUUGUACAUCAUACAUAUUGCAGAUAUGUAGGAUUUGAACAAGAUGGGUUAUUUCUGAAAUACCAAAGGUAACUUUUUGUUAUAUCAGUGAAAAUGUUUACACUUCUUGAGUAACAUACGUACUGUACUUAUUGAAGAAGACUGAAGGGUGCAGUCACACUUUGUAGCCGAGCCAUUUUAUAAUGCCCUGAGAGUCCCUUGGGAUGUAAAGUGUAGGUAUUCUGUAUUUCUUGAAAUAUAUUUCAUUACAUUGUUCAUUCAUACAAAUUUACCCCUCUUCUUAAGUCAAGGACUCUGUUAUAUUUUUGAAUUACAAUUCCUUAUAAAAUUUUAUCAUUAGUAAAUUAUUUAGAUACUUCUGAGAAUAUUUUUGUACAAGAUGUAAAAUUUCACCAGUGAUUCAUUUUUGUAAAAUAUGCAUACAUUAUCCAUAUUCACUACCUUACUGUAUUUAUAAAUUAAUGUGUACUAAGGGUAAAUAGAAUGUUGAACUUGAUUGUUUUCUAUCAGUGACAUCGACUUGGAAUCUAGUUCAACUCUCUCUCGGGCAUUAUAUUUCCUAUAUUGAUUAUUCUGUACAAGGAAGAAAAUUAACCAAUACUAACAGUACCUGUGUAAAGCCACAAGAUGUGUAAAGGUGCGUCUACACGGUCGAACAAUGUCCGAUGGACAAACACUGUUACCAUAUCAUAGUCAAUGCAGGAUGGCGUCAUAAGCGCUAAAACGAUAGAAGUAGAUCUGGCAACAAACAGUGAUACCAGAUGAGGUUGUAUACCACUGUUUUUACUCUGCUCACAAGGCAAAGACCGGCAGGCAAUUGUUAACUGGUAACAAUGUUUAUCCGUCGGACAUUGUUCGACCGUGUGGACGCACCUUUAGACUGAUGUAAUGUUUGAUAAUACACUACAGAAUAGAUACUGUGUUCUUUUAAUAAAGUGAUAUACAAUUAUAUUAUAUACUUUAGUAUUCAGUUUUCCUAGCAGAGUUCUAUAAUCAUGAAGAUAUUUCUAAUGUGUAUAUGAGUGUAUGAAAAUCUGAGCCAAAUGAAGAGAAGGUUUAGUGUUAAUGUCAUGUAUAUAUUACUUCUUUGGUUCAGAUAAUACUUAGGGUUUUAUAUAUUACGUAAGUAAAAGGCAGCUAGUUUUCAGCUUUUGUAAAACUUAAUACUAAUUAUGGAUUGGUCAUUAUGUAUUUAAUGAGCAUUUAUAAGCUUUUUUUUCUACUUCCCCCUUUUUCACCCUGUCUUCAGCACCAUCUCCAACAAUGUUGAACAUUCAUAGUCCACACUAUUACACAUACAAAUUGUAUUUUACUUAAUUUGUAUUAAUGUGAAAGUGUCUUUACAAAAUUUAAAAUAAAGUAGCAGUACUGUAUGUGGGGAGAGAGAGAGAGGAAGUUUACCUAAUGAUCAUUUACAUCUUUCAGGAGUCUGGUUUAAAUAAAU